AUGUCCACUUCGAACGAAAACAACGUCUCCAAGAACCGGGAGGAAGCCCACGGUCAAAAGCACGUCUCCUCGCCUGAUGUUCCCGCCAAGAACUCAUCUGUCGAGACUGAACAGCUUGUCAUAAAUACUAUCCGAUGCCUCGCCGCCGACCUAUGCCAGCAGUUCAAGGGCGGUCACCCGGGGACGGUGAUGGGUGCUGCGGCCAUCGGUAUCGCGCUCUGGAAGUAUGAGAUGAGGUACAACCCGCUCAAUCCCAGCUGGUUCGGUCGAGACCGCUUUGUCCUCUCCGCUGGCCACGCCUGUCUCCUCCAGUAUAUCAUGCUCCACUUUUCCGGCUACGACGACUGGACACUCGACGCCGUCAAGAGCUACCACGCGCCCAAGCUCCACACCAUCGCCGCCGGCCAUCCCGAGAUCGAGUUCCCAGGCGUCGAGGUCACCACUGGCCCGCUUGGGCAGGGUAUCGCCAAUGCCGUCGGGAUGGCAAUGGCGGGAAAGCAGCUCGGCGCGCAGUACAACAAGGAGGGGUACCCGGUGGUGGAUGGCAAGAUUUGGUGCAUGACGGGUGAUGGGUGUAUUCAGGAGGGUGUGGGGCAAGAAGCGAUCUCACUUGCUGGCCAUCUCGGUCUCGACAACCUCAUCCUCGUCUACGACAACAACAACAUUACUGUUGACGGCACCAUCGACAAUUGCUUCACCGACGACACCUCGGCCAAGCUCCGCGCUCAGAAUUGGGAGGUGAUUGAUGUCUUUGAUGGGUCUAAUAACCUCACCGAUAUUGUCGCUGCAAUGGACAAGGCCAAGACAAUCAAGGGCAAGCCGACCUUGAUCAACAUCCGCACCGUCAUCGGUAUCGGCGCCAAGAAUCAAAACACCGGCUCGGUCCACGGUCAGGCGCUCGGCGACGAGGGCGUCACUCACCUCAAGUCCGCCCUCGGUUUCGACCCAGCUGAAAAGUUCGUCAUCCCGCCCAUCGUCUACGAGUACUGGGAAGAGACCAAGGGUCGAGGAGAGGCAUGGGAGGCGGAAUGGGAUGAGAUGAUGAGCAAGUACGCGGACGCCCAUCCCGAGGUACACGCCGAGCUCCAGCAGCGUCUCAGCGGCAAGCUCGCCUCAGGCUGGGAGUCUUCCCUACCCUCCAAGAGCGACCUCCCCACCGAUCCCAUCCCCACUCGCAAGAGCAGCGGUCUCGCCUUCAAGUCGGUCGUCCCCUCGGAUCCUACCUUUGUCGCUGGCUCAGCCGACCUGCUCGAAUCCACCUUUGUCAGCUGGGACGGGAUGACCGAGUUCCAAAAGCCAUCCUCUGGUCUCGGCGACUAUAGCGGCCGCCAAAUCCGCUUUGGGAUUCGGGAGCACGCCAUGGUAGCCAUCGGAAACGGUCUCGCCGCGUACCACCGGGGCAUGUUCCUACCCAUCAUGUCGACCUUCUUCAUGUUUUGGCUCUACGCCGCGCCAGCAGCGCGGAUGACGGCGUUGAUGGGGUUGCGGUGGAUUGGGAUCGCGACGCAUGACGCGAUCGGCAUAGGAGAGGACGGACCCACCCACCAGCCUAUCGCCCUCGCGCACUUUUACCGCGCCCUCCCCGGACUCAACUUUAUCCGUCCCGCCGACGCCGAGGAGGUCAUGGGCGCAUGGAUCCUCGCUCUCAAGGACGAGCACCACCCUUCCCUCUUUACUCUCUCCCGCCAGCCUGUCCCCCUCCUCCCCGGCUCGGACCGCAACAAGGUCGCCCUCGGCGCGUACGCGGUGCACGGACCGGAAGACCCCGAGCUCUGCCUUAUCGCUACAGGCGCAGAAGUCACGCGCGCCAUCGAGACGGCCAAGCUCCUCUCGCCGCUCCGUGUCCGGGUCGUCUCCAUGCCGUCCAUGGCGCACUUUGACCGCCAGCCCACGUCGUACCGCCGCUCCGUUCUCCCAUCGUCCGCCCUCGUCGUUGCCAUCGAGGCGUGGGCAUCGUUUGGCUGGGCGCGGUACGCUCACGCGGGAUGCCACAUGCACACAUUCGGCAUGUCGGCCCCCCAGGAGACGCUGUACGACUUUUUUGGGUUCACGCCAAGGAACCUGGCGGAGAAGAUCGGGAAGUGGGCGGAGAGGUGCAAGGGGGACAAGCCAGGGGUGGGGGACUUUGAGGAGUUGCUGUUGGGUCAGGUCCCGGAUCAUCACUCGCCAAUGCCCUAUUCGGUCUAG